UGGCCGCCGGGCUGUUGGCCUGCGGCGGGGCCAGCGAGUACGACUAUGUCAGCUACCAGUCCGACCUGGGCCCCUACCCCGGCGGGCGCUUCUACGCCAAGCCCCACCAGUGCGUGGCCAUCCCCGCCGACCUGCGGCUCUGCCACAGCGUGGGCUACGACAAGAUGGUGCUGCCCAACCUGCUGGACCACGAGACCAUGGCCGAGGUGAAGCACCAGGCGAGCAGCUGGGUGCCGCUGCUCAACAAGAACUGCCACAUGGGUACCCAGGUCUUCCUCUGCUCCCUCUUUGCCCCCGUCUGCCUGGACCGGCCGGUCUACCCCUGCCGCUGGCUCUGCGAGGCCGUCCGUGACUCCUGCGAGCCCGUCAUGCAGUUCUUUGGCUUCUUCUGGCCAGAGAUGCUCAAGUGUGACCAGUUUCCCCAGGAUGACGUCUGCAUUGCCAUGACGACUCCCAAUGCCACCGAGGUCUCCAGGCCCAAAGGAACGACCGUGUGUCCCCCCUGCGACAACGAGAUGAAGUCCGAGGCCAUCGUGGAGCACCUGUGUGCCAGCGAGUUCGCUCUGAAGAUGACCAUAAAGGAAGUGAAGAAGGAGAACGGGGACAAGGUGAUCGUCCCGAGGAAGAGGAAGGCGCUGAAGUUGGGGCCCAUCCGGAAGAAGAACCUGAAGAAGCUGGUGCUGUUCCUGAAAAACGGGGCAGACUGUCCCUGCCAUCAGCUGGACAACCUCGGCCACUACUUCCUCAUCAUGGGCCGCCAGGUGAAGACCCAGUACCUGCUGACAGCCAUCUACAAGUGGGACAAGAAGAACAAGGAGUUCAAGAAGUUCAUGAAGAAGAUGAAGUCCCCCGACUGCCCGACGUUCCCGUCCGUGUUCAAGUGAUGCGGGAGAGCCGCUGCCCGGCCUGGGCUCGCCCCUCUGCAGCAGGGGUGCUGGAGCCAAGCCCUCCUGCUGCUCCACCCUGCUCCUCAGAGCUCCCUCAGUGACCCCAGCCCUCCCACACCCCGCUGGCCUGGGCGUGCCACGUGUGUGCCCCGAACAGUCGCUGGGGUCACACGCGGUGUCUGUCCAAAGACCUGUCACUCCACAGACAUGUACAGCCAUUGAAACAGCAGCUGUCAGGUAAAGAGGGCAAGCAGAGGGGUGUGAGGUGAUGUCCAGAGGUUACACACUCGCAGAAAGGACCCUUGUGACCAUGUCACUCCUGUCUUCAUGGCUGCAGGAUCGCCCUGAGUUCCCGUGUGAACCAGAGCCGGCUGAUCAGACAGACAUCCCAUCCUCACAUCCUGUUACAACCUCUGAGAAAACCUCCUAACUGCCCUCACUGUAAAAAAAUCCUGUUAUAGUCUAAAGGUGCUUUGCCUAAGCCUUAACCCCAGGUCCUUGUGGUGCCUUGCUGGGCUGGAGCCCUCCCUCACCAGCACCUCUCCAAUGCCUCACCACGUGCCUGCCCUGGCCUCUGCCACACUGUGAGCCCCUCGUGCCCAACCUGUGCUGCUCCCUGGCAGCCCUGGAGCCCCUGGGCCGUGCCCUGCACUGGGUGCACUGGCCAUGGGGGCAGAGGGGUCUCUGUGCCCCACCCGUGCCUUCAGUCCCCAGCACAGCAGGUCCCCUGAGCUGCCCUCGGCCUGGCGGGCAGUGCCCUGCAGGGGUGCC